GCGGGGGAGGAGCCGGGUCCACUGCCGGGUGGAGGGGCCAGACGAGUGUCCUUACCCUAGCUAUUGGGGCUCGGGCCUGUAAGCCAGUUGGAAUCGCGGCGACAAGAAGGAUUGGGCCGAGCAGAGGACGACAUGUUGCUCUUCGUGGAGAUGGAUGCAGGCGUGUUACCUAAGAGCCACUAGUCAGAUGCCCCUACAGAUGACUUCUAUUUGAAAAUACACAAUCAGGUAACAUCUAAAGGAACUGGUUUAAAUCCUAAUGCCAAAGUAUGGCAGGAAAUUCCUCCUGGAAGUACUGAUGCCACUUCAGUAAGUCAUGGAACUGAAAGCUCUUGGCAUGAAACAGCAUCCACAUCGGGGUCUCAUCCUGACGGUAAUACAGAGCUUUCAGAUGAAAUGUGUAAGGAAUUUGAAGUAAUGUAUCCAUCUUGUGAAACCACAAGAAAUACUACCUGCAUUGAAGAAUCAACUGAUGGAAUGAUUUUAGGCCCAGAAGAUCUGAGUUACCCAAUAUAUGAUGUUUCUGGAGAAAGCAAUUCAGCAAUUUCUCCAGAAGACCUAAAAGAAUGUCUGAAGAAACAAUUAGAAUUCUGUUUCUCACGAGAAAAUUUGUCAAAGGACCUUUACCUGAUAUCCCAAAUGGACAGUGAUCAGUUCAUCCCAAUUUGGACAGUUGCAAACAUGGACGAAAUAAAAAAGCUGACCACAGACCCUGAUCUAAUUCUUGAAGUGUUGAGAUCUUCUCCCAUGGUACAAGUUGAUGAGAAGGGCGAGAAAGUGAGACCAAGUCAUAAGCGUUGUAUUGUGAUUCUUAGAGAAAUUCCUGAAACAACACCGAUAGAGGAAGUGAAAGCUUUGUUCAAAAAUGAAAACUGCCCCAAGGUGAUAAGCUGUGAGUUUGCACACAAUAGCAACUGGUAUAUCACUUUCCAGUCAGAUACAGAUGCACAACAGGCUUUUAAAUACUUAAGAGAAGAAGUUAAAACAUUUCAGGGCAAGCCUAUCAUGGCAAGGAUAAAAGCCAUCAAUACAUUUUUUGCUAAGAAUGGUUAUCGAUUAAUGGAUUCUGGUCUGUACAGUCAGCCCAUUCAAACUCAGGCACAGUAUGCCUCACCAGUCUUUAUGCAGCCUGUAUAUAAUCCUCACCAACAGUACUCAGUCUAUAGUAUUGUGCCUCAGUCUUGGUCUCCAAAUCCUGCACCUUACUUUGAAACACCACUGGCUCCCUUUCCCAAUGGUAGUUUUGUGAAUGGCUUUAAUUCACCAGGAUCUUAUAAAACAAAUGCUGCUGCUGUGAAUAUGGGUCGACCAUUCCCAAAAAAUCGUGAUUUUCUCUUGCCAGAUCUCGUUCUCCCAGUUGAUUCUUUUUGGCAAGGAGACCACAUUGGUAUGAAGCCUCAUUUUAGGUCAUCAGGUGGUUCAGAACACUCAACAGAGGGCUCUGUGUCAUUGGGGGAUGGACCAUUAAACAGAUCUGGUUCAAGGAACUUUCCAACUGAGCAGCAUAACCCUCCAGUAACAGGGCAUCAGGAGCAAAGCUGCCUUCCAAAAGAGACUCCCACUUUGCAGAUGGAACAGAAUGGGGACUAUGGUAGGGGCAGGAGAACUCUUUUCAGAGGUCGAAGACGACGAGAAGAUGACAGGAUCGCAAGACCCCAUUCUUCAACAGCUGAAGUAAAGGCUCCAACACCAAAGUUUGACUUACUAGCCUCAAAUUUUCCUCCUUUACCUGGGAGUUCAUCAAGAGUGCCAGGUGAACUUGUGUUGGAGAGUAGGAUGUCUGAUGUUGUUAAAGGUGUCUGUAAAGAAAAGGAUAAUGAAGAGUUCAGAGUUAGUUGCCCAGUGCCUACAGAAGGUGAACAGACACACUGCACCUCUGCCCAGCAACUCAAUAUGAGUACCAGUCCUCCAUGUACAGCAGCUGAGCUUCCUGCAUUAAGCACAACUCAGCAAGAAAAGUAUCUAUUAGAGGAUUCUACUGUUCAGAAGGAUGUUCUCACCCAGACAGUUAUACCAGUUUCUUCCCCAAGUGCUGCAAAGCCCUCAAGGACAAAUACUACUUCACCAAUUAAUAGUGCAGCUGUAGCUAUGGCCCUGCAGGAACCCCGAAAGCUAAGUUAUGCUGAAGUGUGCCAGAAGCCCCCUAAAGAGCCUUCUCCAGUUCUUGUGCAGCCACUACGAGAACUUCGCUCCAAUGUAGUGUCUCCCACCAAAAAUGAAGAAAAUGAAACUCUUGAGAAGUCUCUUGAGAAACCACAGGAGAAGCCAGAAGCAAGGGCUAGUAAGGAUUAUUCUGGCAUCCGGGGCACUACCAUUCCCAGGGGAGCAGCUGGAAAAAUCAGGGAACAGAAACGCCAGUUUGGCCAUAGGGCUAUACCUCAGGGAGUGACUCGACGUAAUGGCAAAGAGCAAUAUGUGCCACCCAGAUCACCAAAGUAAACACAAAAACUAUUCAAAAACUUCUCUCUCUUCCCAUUAAACUUGAGCUGUGGCUAUAUUGAACUAUUUCGAGGGGAGGGUGUAGCCAGGAAGAAAACAGGAGAAAGUAUGUCUUUAAAUCAUUAUGGAUUUUGGAGAUGUGAGCAGUAGAACCCCAAAAUUCAUCUCUAAAGUGAUUUUUAAAUGCUGGAGGAUUCCAAUCAGUAUGUAUAUAUAUACACACAUCUAUAAAAAUAUAAUUUUUUCUAUUUUUUUUUUUAUUUUAAUUUGCAGAGAUCUUUUGCCUGGAAUCAGUUUUGAGGUUCAGAUUUAGCUUGGGAAAAAAAAUACUACACAUCCUUCGGUAUAGCAGAUGAGGGAGUGAGAGAAAAUAUUUUUUGAAGAAGCAUUUCUGUAAAAUUAGAAAUUACUUUUUUAAAUCUAUUUAAAGUUUGGCUUGGAGAAUGCCAUCUCUGCCUCUAUGGCCUUGUGUUGCAAAGCAGAUCAGUGGCUGGGAUGCCUGUUGUAGUGUGAAUGUGUGCAAGAGUGAUUGAAGCCAAAUCUGUUGUCAUGUCAGUAAAUGAUUUGAAAACUGAAUGUAAUACUUGAGUAGAUUUUUUUCCAGUUUAAAAUUUAGUCUUUUUGACAUUACUAAUAUUUCAUUCAACAAGCUGUUAAAACUCCAAUUGUACUUAAGAGAUGUGACUACCAAUCAAUUUGAUACUCAAGGAAAGAAUGGGAAUUAUUCAAAAAAUUGAAAAAUUGGCUUAGUUCUGAGUAGGUGGGUUAGAUGGACUUCAGAGGUUUAAACUGCCCUGUGACUUUCCCCUACUAAAACAGGAAACAGUUUUUAUGUUGUUAUUCAUUUGUUACUCUCUGUUCUUUGACUACUCACCCCACCCCUAAGAGCAAAAUAACCAACCACCUACAGAAUUAUAUAUUUCUGCCUGCCUUUAAGAGUCUAUUCCAAUCAUAGAACUGUUCUAAAUUUCUGAAUUGAACAUUGAAGCAUUUUACUCUUCUGUUCACUGAUUUAAAACUUUAGACCCCAAAAUAGUAGGGCAGACUGACCCUGCAGUAAUUUAUUUGUGUUAGUAUUAAAGAUAAAACAUUGUAACUGACUCUGAAGUAUGAAAUAGUAUAGAAUUAUUUUUAAUGUUUUUUAAGGCAUAAUUUGGGGGCAACUUUUAUUCUGUUUACAAUAUAUUUAUCAUCCCUAUCCUUCCCUUUUUCAAAAAAAAAAGAGUACAGUUUAGAAUUGACAGAAACAGAACCAGCAAUUCCCAAGAUGUUUGAGUUAAGGUGAGAAAGAUAGUUGAUGAAAAUUAAUACACAAUUUCUCAGUGAAUAAAGUUGUAGCUCUCAUAUUAGACAAGUUUACAUGCUGUUAUUUAGAAAAUGCCUAAAAUAUUAAAAAACCAUGUUGCAUUAAUCUGUUUUAAUUCCUACCAUUUUCAGAGUUCUAUGUAAGGUAGGGUUUUUUUUGUUUUUUUAGGGAUAGUUCGUAAUAGUAAUAACUGUCCCUUAUGUUUGUGAAUUACAUAUGUAAAAUUAAAACUGUAAAUUGUGAACACUGGAAAGCACCAUUGUGACAUAGAGUAAACAUCUUAGUAAUAUAUUAAAAUGAAUGUAAAUGGAGGUUAAUAUUACAUUACUGUGAAACUUAUCUUCCAACUCUAAGUUAAACUUUGGAGAUUUGUAUUAGUAGGUAACUGUUCAGAGUUUUGAAAACACUGCACAUUUCUGUACAAGCCAGAAUUAUCAUUUCUUUGUAACUUAUUAUUCAGCUUGGCAAUUGCUUUUGAUUUGGUGGAUUGAUAACAUGGUAUAGUAUAUUUAAGCAGUUUGAAACUGUUCAUUUCUACACACUAUUUUUUAAAAUCAUCUGCUAGAUGAAACAUACAAUAAAACUACCUGUGCUGAAAUUUGGGGGAAGUUUAGGUCCUUUUCAAAAAAGUAUUAAUAAUCAUUGACUACAUCUAUGAUGAAAGUGCUUAUUUUGGUUUACUUAGAUAAUGCUGCAGUUGGUGGAAAUGAUAAAUAUUUAAAGUGUUAACACUCUGUGAAUGCAUUGGAUUUAAGAGAAUAAACAUUUUAUAAAAAUCACUUGGUAAGAAUUAUAAACUUAAUUACUGCACUUAAAAUGAAACAUUACUUUUGUUAUAAUGUGUCACAGAAGUAGGCUUUUAUGACUUGUAUGCUUGUGUGAUUUAUUGUUAGUCCACCCAACUUCUAAAAACUAAAUGUUACGAUUGAAACACAAGAAAAGAAUUGUUUUUGAAGAAAGCGUGUUCUUAAUUUUUUUCCUAAAAUGUUGUUGAAAGUAGAGGCUUAAAGACGUGACCAUUUUUAAAUUUCUUAUAAAAUUUAGUGUUUUUAAUUUAAUUUGCCUCAUUACAGCUAAUGGUUCCCAUUUUGAUGGGAUGUAUAGCAAAGAAUAACUAUGUGUGUGUGUGUAUAUAUAAUAUAUAUAUAUAUAUAUUCACAGUAUGUAUUUAGCAUUUAUUUUAUUACAGCAGAUUUAAGGUUUGUAUCUAAAUGAUGCUUAUGAAUUGUGAAAACUGUUGGCUAAUUUUUUUCCAGCAUUACUCUGUAACUGAUGAGGGUUGGGUGUUUGUUGUAGUUCGACUAUUUAUUUGGUUCUUUAGGAGGAGGGAUUUAAAUGUCAAAUUUUUUUCUUUAUUAUUAUAACUUAACACUUCCUUGGGUUGUUGGAGGUUAAAAGUAGAUACAAAUGAUAUUGAGUGUAUGGUACAGUGAUUUCUGCUAUAGUUCUUACUGCAUGAAGGGAACAAGAGUCACACAAGUUCAUCACCUUGUACUUCAUAAGAAAGAUUGUAAAACCCGUCUACAUUAUCUACCCUGAUAUUUAAGGUUUUCAUGAUACUAGGGUUUAAUACUUCAUUGAAGUAAUUUUAUUUUUGCAAAUAUAGACACUGGCAUUCAAAAGGAGUGAUCCAUCUAAAUUUUUUUCAACUGGAUUUUGGAAGAAAAUGAGAUCUGGGUUUCCUGUUGUCAUCUUGUGUGCUCAGUCUGCAUGUGAUCAAAUGCCAUGCAGACUUUUUAUUUAUUUUUGCUUCCGAAGAUUAAGGUAACUUGACUAUUGUUUCACAUUCCUUUUUCUUUUUAAAUAACCAGGUUGGCUUUUGCAAAAGGCUUAAUGAUGGAUUAUUAGCAUCUGCUGGAGCAGAAAAUAGCAUUUAAAAGUCGCUGAACACUUUCUCAUUUAAUUUAUGUCCUUAAUUUUUAGUUUUGGCUUAACUGUCCACUGGUUUUACUUUGAUGCAGUUGAAGAGCACUGGGGUUAUUUGAUGUUUGUGUUGGCCAUGUAUAUUAACUACAUUUUAAAAUUACCCAUUUUGUUCGCUUUCACAGAAAAGAAAAUGCAAAAGAGACAAGUACUCCUUUUGAUAGGUUUUUAUAAAUUCCUAACUACAACAUAUGAUGGGUUUUUUCCUAAUUUUUAUUAUUUCCUUGCAAUUUGGUGGCCAUUAAUUUAACUUUAGGCUUUUUGGUGUAUGCUAAUUUAGCUGGUCUGCGCUUCCAGGAAGAUAGACAUUUCAGUUUUCAGUAGCUGAAUGAGGACAUUUUAAGUUGAAAGAGAAUUUGCUUUCAAGUUGUGAGUAAAUUCUUUCAAAAUUAACCUGAUUAUUAAAUAAUUUAAAGUUUAUUUUUAAAAGCUAAGAACUUUUUGUGAAUGGUUAGGGAGAUAGUUCCUAAAAGUAAAUCUUUGGAUAUCAACAGACUAUAUAAAAUAGUUUUAUUUUCAGUUAUGAAGCACAAAAUACUGAUUAGUAUAUAUAAGGAAACAUCCACAUUAACUUUCUUUUCUUAACCUGAUUCAGGUGUCCUUUGAGUGACAUCCCUUAAAUGUUUGGGGUUAGGGGUCAGAACCAGUUAUCUGGCUUCUGUUUUGCCCAUUGCUUAGGUUUAUUCUUGUUGUCAAAACUAUCCCUUCCCAAAAUGGUGUGACACAGGCUCAUGCAUAUUAUGUUAAAAUGAAUACAUCCUUGUAUUUGUAUUUUUGUUUUCAACAUUGCCAAGGUGCUAUGGGAAAUUAAAGUAACACAAAACUAGAAAAAAUAAAAUUAUUUAAAAGAAGAA